AUGGAGCAGAUCUCUCUCCAAGAGCUGAGCGAUAUUCUCGUCCAUUUCCUAUACCGUUUCCCAUAUCAAGAUGAAGCCUGUCUUCCCCGAUCAGACUUCAAAGCCAUCUAUGAUCACGGACGAAAAGUCUUCCCCGAAGGCGAGGAGAUUGUCCGAAUGAUGAGUGAAUACGCCCAUGACUCAUUUCCUUUUAUCCCCCUGGAGGUUCGCAAGGCCGCCGCGGUAUACGAUGCCUAUCAAAUGUCCGUGGAUGACAUGGACAGCGAUGAGCAUAACAACCUGAGUGGUCUGUGCUCCCAGCUAUCGGAAAGGUCCGAGAUAGAGCAUCCCGUGUGGCGCGGGUUUUUUAAGUCGCUGCCGACAUUACUGCAAUAUUAUGGCCCUUAUUCACAGACCACUCUCCUCCGGGGAGCUCUCGAGUUCCUCCAGGCAACCACAGUGGAACGUACCCACUUCCGUGGAUAUUCUGGGUCGAGGUAUCCCGACUACGUGCGUCGCAUGAGUGCCCAGGGCGCUGUCCAGGCGGCGGUUUGCUUCCCUGAGAAGGAAUUCCCAGGGGAGAAAUACUUGCCCUCAAUUGCCUCGAUGGAGGCGGAGCUCGAAGAGUUUGUUGGAACUGUCAAUGACCUGUUCUCGUUCUAUAAGGAGGGUCAUAAUACAGCGACAGACCGGAUCAACUAUACCUUGAAUACCUCUGCUUGCACAGGAUAUACGCCCGGCGAGGUGCUCUACGAGCUUUCCGAAAUUGCGCUCAAGUGUCAGAGUCGGGUACGAGAAAUGCUCGAAAGUGCAGGGGAGCAUCGCAUCCGGCAGCGAGUGGACGAGUUUUUCCUCGGGUACGUUCGAUAUCAUCUUGCCUGCCCUAGAUAUCGGAUCGAUGAGCUCUGCGCAGAGUCAGGAGAUUUGGAUCUCUUGGCAUAUUAUAACAUGAGUCUUCGAGCAGUCGGUAUCUCCCAGGGCCCAUUUGUGCCUGUGAGGCCAAGGCCCCGAGGUGAACUGGUCAGCAAGUACAGCGGCACCAAGGUUUCGAUUACACCCCAUUAUGUCUGUCAGUAA